CCCCGCGGCGCUCCCGGGUAGGCGGUGGGCGAUUUCCGGCAAUAAAUCCGGACGGGCCGCCGUCAGGUGCCGGCUGGGGGUUGUCAGUGCGCCAGGUGGGGCCGGGACCGUCGGCGCGCCAGGAGAGCUAUGCCAUUUUUGGGCCAGGACUGGAGAUCUCCUGGAUGGAGCUGGAUUAAAACAGAAGACGGCUGGAAAAGAUGUGAACCCUGGAGUGAGGGACUUGAAGGAGAGAAUGACCGGUGUGGCGCCAGCCACGGCACUAUCUUAAAUAGUGAAGAUGAAGAAAUAUUCAAUAAUGAAGAGCAUGAAUAUGCAUCCAAAAAAAGGAAAAAGGACCAUUUUAGAAAUGACAAAAAUACUCAGUGUUUUUAUCGUGAAAAAUGGAUCUAUGUCCAUAAAGAAAGCACAAGAGAAAGACACGGCUACUGCACUUUGGGAGAAGCUUUUAACCGCUUAGACUUCUUCAGUGCGGUCCAGGACGCCCGGAGGUUCACUUACGUGGCCAGACUGUUGCAGCUGAUCGCAAAGUCCCAGCUGACCUCGCUGAGCGGUGUGGCCCAGAAGAACUACUUCAACGUUCUGGAUAAAAUCGUUCAAAAAGUUCUCGAUGACCACCAAAACCCUCGCCUAAUCAAAGAUCUUCUCCAAGACCUAAGCUCUACCCUUUGCAUUCUAAUUAGAGGAGUGGGGAAGUCCGUUCUGGUGGGAAAUAUCAACAUUUGGGUUUGCCGGUUAGAAACUAUUCUCAACUGGCAACAGCAGCUACAGAAUCUUCAGAUGACUGAGCAGGUGGACAGCGGCCUGACGCUCAGCGACCUUCCCGUGCACAUGCUCAGCAACAUCCUGUACAGGUUCUCGGAUGGGUGGGACAUCGUCACUCUGGGUCAGGUGACCCCGACGCUGUCCGCGCUUAGCGAGGACCGGCGGCUGUGGAAGAAGCUCUGCCAGUACCACUUCGGCGAGAAGCAGUUUUGUAGACACUUGAUCCUUUCAGAAAAAGGUCAUAUCGAAUGGAAGUUGAUGUAUUUUGCACUUCAGAAACAUUACCCCACUAAGGAACAGUACGGAGACACACUGCACUUUUGUCGGCACUGCAGCAUCCUCUUUUGGAAGGACUGCCGCCUUGCUUUAUUACUCGAGGUACCUCCUGCUCUGCCCGCGUCUGCGCGCGUCCCCAGGAGGCUGGUGCCCCUCAGGCCGCACCCUUUGCUGAUGUGCGACUGGCCUGCUUGCUUCACCACGACCGGGGGUCCCAUGAGCUGCCCUGUAGACCAGAGGGAGGGUGUAGACUUGGCCGCCGGGUCCCCGGCCUUACUGGCCCCCAGUCCUGAGGCUGCUCUGUCUCCUGACCUGAGCCCCGUUUCUGCUGCGGAACGCAGUGCUGGGCCCUCUGGUGAGUGGGGUGGGCGGUGCCGAGAGCAGGUCCCGGGGUGGACCCUGACCCACGGCGGGAGGGGAGGAGCGCGGCCAGGACGGGGGCGCAGAGCCCAGGGCUCCCUCUGGGGCCCUAACUCAGGGCGGCCCGUCUCCCCAUCCACUGGAGCAGGAAUUCCUUCGGGAAGUCUCUCCCCUGGGGAGCCGUGUGGCUGCCUUCAUUUUCGUAGUUCUCAUCGCUUGCUGUCCACGCACCUCUGUGGUGGGGUCCGGGGCGUGUUUAAACAAGCAGCUGGCGACUUCUGAGCUGCGUUCCCUCCAGAAACACGCCCCGUGUGGUAACGACCCACUCCUCCCGCAGGACUCGGGCCACCCCUGCACGGCUGCUGACCCCGACAGCUGCUUCACGCCCGUGUCCCCGCAGCACUUCAUCGACCUCUUCAAGUUCUAAGGGCCCAACCGCGCCGUGGCCUGGGCAGCGUGGUAGGACGCGUCCUCCGUGACCGAGCCGUGACCUGGUGCCCAGGCUGGAGGGCGUGGAGGGACGUGGAAAAGUGCCCUGGCACCUGCGGGCGGGAGCAUCUGUUGUUUCCACCCAUGAAGUGGGGCCAGGGAGCCCAAGGAAAAUCAUUUCUACUUCCUUCUUUAAAAAAUGCUUUUCUUCUAAGUGCAUUAAAAUGUGCAACUUUGCAUGUUUGUGAAUGUGGUUCAGAAAGAGUCUGUAUUUUCAGCACCGCAUCCUGUGCUGAACUGACACUAACAGCCAAGCACACGCUUCUUAAUUGUCAAAUGAUAGUUUCCUGAUUUUGUAGUGAUCGGGGGCGGGGAUAGAUCGUUGGUCCUUGUAAGGACAUUGUGCAGAAUAUUUAUUUUUCUUGAGAUGUAUUUUAACUGUAUUGGUCGUGUCCAUAUGAAUCCUCUUGGGUACAGAAGGAACCCAGGGAAGUAUGUGCAUGUCUUCUGGGUGCUCAGCGUUGGGUUGUGAAUUGUGCAGACAUCCGAGACCCACAAAGGCGUGAGUCUGGGGCUGUGAUCCUGGGCUCAUGGCCCGAUGCUGGCAGGCAGGGGCCCUGACCUGGGGGCCAGCCCAGCGUGACCUGCACUGUAGUGCUCUGAAUCCCCGUUUGCAGGCAAAGUAAUAAAUCAUGUUUAUCUACCGAUUUUAACUUCAUCAGUUUUGCAUCUUACGGAAGGAAGUAGUAUCAAUGAUUUUGAUAUCAUCUAUUGAAACCUUUCAAAGAUUGUUUUAUUUUAAAAAUAUUGCAUGUACGUUUUAGAAAAUUUUGAAAAUAAAGGUUUAUAAAAGAAUAAAACUUGCAUAUGACCCUGCCACCCAGAGAUAGCUGUGCUUACCAGAAGGAAUGCAGGAAUGGCCCCGGCAGGUGUAGGGGAGACUGAACAGGGUCAAGACCCAAGCAAAGUCAUUUCUACUUCCUUCUUAGCACAUGGAAAUUUGCUGUUUUGCAUAUUUGUAAAUAAAGAGUGUAUUUUCACUACAUUGUGCCGAACUGACACAGCCAAGACUAUGCUUAAUUGUCAAAUGAGAGUUUCCCUCUGUGUGUAUUGGGUGAAAGCUUUUCGUAAAACCGUAAACAUCAUAUAUACUGUUUUCAUUUUAUAACCAGCCUUUUUUUCAAAAGUGUUUGUGAAAAUAUGGUUUUUACUGGCGACCUGGUACCACACAGCUGGAACAGAUCACUUUGUGAUCAGCAUCACCACAUGUGCACCUUUGUGCCUCUGAUGAUCUUACGAUAAACGAGAAGCAGAACCAGGGAAACGAGUCAGUUGUUUGUAAGGAUGUUUCCAGAGCACUGGCGAGGAUGGAAGGCGGCAUCUUUCUCCCCCGAAGAUGGACGUGAAGAGGCUGUGAGGUAGGACAUGUCUUCUGAAAGCUUAUUGGCGAGUUGUUUCUGUAUUUUUUUUAAUAUAUAAAUUUAUUUAUUUUUGGCUGAGCUGGGUCUUUGUUGUUGUGUGCGGGCUUUCUCUAGUUGAGGCGAGC